UCUCUUGAUUCCUCGCGCAGGAUCCAGACAGAUGCCAAGUUAUCAGUCUGUGGCUGCACGCGUUCCUUUGGCGGUGCGUUCGGGAAAGGGGAGAGGCUGCGGGCGCAGCGGUAUCAGGCACCCCCCUGAAGCUUGUGGAGCGUUGGCUGCUUGUAUGUUUGCCAUGUUUGAGACGCAUUCAAACAGGUCAUAAAAAAGUCAUCGAGACAAACGCGGCAUGAGUCGGAUCCUCUGGGACUCAGCGAUGACGUGGCUGAGGAUGAAUAAAGCGCGCAGAUGAUGAGCGGAAGCGCCAGUGCGCACCUCCCCAUAAUAAUCCGGCUGAGCAGCGUCGCUGUCUUUUCAGCACCGCUCACUGACAACCCAACCAAGCGGAGAAGCGACUGAGUUCCUGCCGUGGAUUUUUUCCUUCACGCGAGAACAAAUUAAUAUACACGCAGGGAGGAAACAAAGCGUCGUUUUAAAUCACCUGCUGAAAAUGAUUUCUCUCAAACUAAGUAGACCAUGUGUUUAGCGGAUGUAUUUCAUCCUCGCCACUGCGGAUUACGAUUUCUUCUUUAUUAAACUAUACAAUUAUUUUUUCACACCCUGGAAAUCUCACUUGAAAUGAUCAUUUCAACGAAAAAGUUGUUAAAAGAAGUUUUUUGAUUAUUUUGCCGGUGACUUCCAAUGUAAUCUACGCCUCGUCUGUUUCGCUUCAACACCUGGGAUCAUCGCGCAUCUGCUCGGAAUGCUGACUCUCGUAGUCGGACUGUUCUACCUGCUCAGCGGACGCGCGGCGCGGAGCCAGGACGUUGCAGGCGGCCGCUUCGUUUGCAACGCCAUCCCCCCGGGCGCGGAGCCGGGAUGCGGCUACGGCGCGGCGCUGAACCGCGUCCAGGGCAGCAGCCCCGUGGAGGACGAGCUGCGCAACACCAUCAUCCAGCUGCGCGAGACCAUCCUGCAGCAGAAGGAGACCAUCGUCAGCCAACAGGGCACCAUCAAGGAGCUCAACUCCAAGCUGGCGCGCUGCGAGGCGGCCGCCGACGAGUCGUCGCAGGGCAAGUCCCGGGGUCAGGGCUCCAGGCGGAAGGAGUACGGCAAGAACACGAUGGGGGACCUGCCCCGGGACCCCAACGAAACCAUGGACCAGCUGGGCAAAACCAUGCAGACCCUGAAGGGUCGGCUGGAGAACUUGGAGCAGCAGAGUUUGCGCCUCCCCACCGCCAACGCGUCGUCCGGGGGGGUCUCCGCCCUGGCUCCGCUGCCGCCGGAGCUGCGGGAGCUGCUGCGCCAGCGUCUGGGCGCCCUGGAGACGCAGCUCCUCCGGAAGGUGGCCGAGCUGGAGGAGGAGAAGAGCCAGCUGUACAACGAAACCGCAGCCCACCGCCAGCGCACCGAGAGCGCGCUCAACUCCCUCCUGGAGAGGAUCGUCGAGCUGGAGAAAAGUAACAACGCCUUCAAGUCGCCCGAGGACUUCAAGGUGUCCCUCUCCCUCCGCACCAACUACCUGUACGGCCGCAUUAAGAAGAGCCUCCCGGAAAUGUACGCCUUCACCGUGUGCAUGUGGCUCAAGUCCAGCGCCAGCCCCGGCAUCGGGACCCCGUUCUCCUACGGCGUGCCCGGCCAGGCCAACGAGAUCGUCCUCAUCGAGUGGGGCAACAACCCCAUCGAGCUGCUGGUCAACGACAAGGUGGCCCAGCUCCCCCUGUCUGUGAGCGACGGGUGCUGGCACCACAUCUGCAUCACCUGGACGACCAGGGACGGGUUCUGGGAGGCGUACCAGGACGGCGAGCGCCUGGGCACCGGGGACAACCUGGCCCCCUGGCACCCAAUUAAACCUGGAGGUGUGAUCAUCCUGGGCCAGGAGCAGGACAUAGUCGGCGGCCGCUUCGACGCCACGCAGGCCUUCGUGGGCGAGCUGAGCCAGUUCAACAUGUGGGACCGGGUGCUGCGGCCCGUGGACAUCGUGGGCCUGGCCAACUGCUCGGCCUACAUGCCCGGCAACGUGGUCCCGUGGAUCGACGCCAACGUGGAGGUGUUCGGCGGCGCCACUAAAGCCGCCCUGGAGAUCUGCGAAGAUCGGGCUUUCGAUUCCUAAAGGAACCCGUGCGGCGCCGUCCACUCGGACUCCAGUGUUCUGACUGCGUGAUCCCAGGGAGCCGGGCGUCAGAGCAGCACUUUUACAUGUUCAGAGACUUCUCAUUGGGCUCGCGUGCCGGUGUAGUUUGGACCCUGAGGUCUCGGGGCGUCAGAGCAGCCGGCCUCAGUCUGCUGUUCUGUUGUGACCCGUCGUCCUGCGCUUUCAGCUUUUCGUUUGACUCUUUUUGCGUUGCGGUGACCGCGAGCGCACGCUGUGAGCUGCCGGAGCCCACGCCAGGUGUGAAACCAGGCGGAUGCGGAGCAGAGCACCCCCCGCCUCCCCCCUCAGUGCUGAUCACCCCCUCCCCCUGCUUCUUCCACAGUGCAGCGGUCCAGAAUGCGAUGCAUGAGGCGCACAUGUGACGGUGCAUGCUUCCCGUCAAUGCGCUCAGAGGAGAGUGUGCCGGGCGUCCAAACAAGCCAAUGCUGCGUUACGCAAGGCCGAGCGUGUGGAAACGACCGGAGCUUAUGAGGGAGGAGGGGGAGGGGGGUAUUUUCAUUGUAAAUCUACACUUAAUACCUCUCUGCCCCUUGAGCAGCUGCCACAGCCCAAACAGCUUUACGGCCGGGACAUCGGAGGCUCCACCUCCCGCAGCAACCCUUAAUUCCUCAUCUGGCUCGUAAUUAUCUUGUUUGUGAAUUAGUUUGGCCCCGAGCGGCCACUGAUCCGCCGCUGUGACAUAAUCGAUGGCUCAAACGGAGACCGGCGCUCGGCGGCCGGCGUAGAAGUUGUUUUCUGAUAGCCUUUGCUCUUGAUUGCCUCUCGCUGCACACGAACAGCUCUGCUCCACGAAUACUGCGUUGUUGUUUUUUUAAGUGUAGCAAAUCGAUGACUUCUGGCACUCGGUGAAUAAAAAUGACACAUUUGUCAGCUUUGUCAGUCCUUAAUGUCGUGGACAUUUGUUUCAACGCUGAAUUUCAGCUGUUCUGUGAAAAAGCCUGGUGCUGGAGCGCCGCGAGGGAACCUGUGACUUCCCGUCUCCUCUCUCUGGACCCGUCCUGACCGAAGCUUCUAUCCACAUGUUGCAAUGCAGUAAAGUAUGAAAGAAUGUUAUAAAGGUGCACGCUCACCUUCACGAGGACGCGAUGAAUGUCACCAAAACUUUACGAUCUGCUGCUCUCGCUCAUUGUGAAAUUGGGGUUUUCUUUCCGGUACAAACGUGUGUAUUUCUUGCUUUUCCUGCUCAUGGUUUUUGUCCAUUAGCAACACAUUGUGCAACAAAAAAAAAAAAAAGAAAAAAGCAGAAGUACUAAAAGAUGCUUUGUUUAAGCUGUGAAUGGCCUUCUGUCAGAACCAUAUGUGCUUUUGCUCGUGAACAGUUCAAACGCUGUGGUCGGCUUUUUUGGCAGCACUGAGAGCGAUCGAAGCGGCUGCUUGAGCCGCGGGAGCGUGUUCUGCGGAGGCAUCACUGCCACAGCUUCACCUGUGGAACAUGGAGCUGCACGGAGCGCUUCCUCUCUCUCACUCACUCAUCUGGGAGGCUGUCAGCGGCCGAUGCAGAAAUCCUCUGGACUGGCAGGCGUCCAGGUGCAAAUGAAAAAUUCUGCCCCUGCGGAUUACGGGAGCCGCCACAAUGUAGGGCAGCGUGGGCGCUCUCCGUCCUCAGCGCUGCCGGCGUGGGAACGCGACGACGUGAGGCCUCGGAGACACAACCAGUCACCCGCAGUCCGUGAAACGUGUGGCUUUUUAUUUUUUUGCGUAUUCUCCAUCACUGAUUUCCACCGAAUUGCUACUGUGUCAUUGCAAACCCCGAUGUUCUCGAUCUACUUGUCAAUUAUUAACGAGAUUCCAACUUGAGUUUGAAUAAAUGCUAAAUAAAUUAGUUUGUGUAAAACACA